UACCACUUUGCGUCGCUGGAACUUGCCGGACCAGGUCGAUGAUGAUACUCCUCCUCCUAGGCCUAGGCCUAGUAGUAGCAGUACUACAGCUCCCAUUGCAGUAAGUCUUUUAUUUAUUUUAUUUUAACGAGUUUGAGAGGGUGGUUCAUCCAGCAGGCAGACUCAUUUGGACCAUCAAAUUAUUCAAAUCAAAAACAAAUAGCCUAAUAAUUAAUAGUAAAUACCAUUAAUUAUUACAGGCUGGCCUAGCCUAGGCCGUAGGCUUACUACUACCACCUAGCCUAGGCCUACUGUACAUAGGCCUACAACAAUACAUCCAAUAAUUAUGUAGCAGUAGCAGGUGAAAACGGCAAUAAACCAAAACGACAGUGACCAAAACGUCAAUAACCAAAAUGACAAUGAACCAACAAAACAGCAAUGACAAGUACCAAAAAAACGUCAACAGACCAAAAUAGCAUAGACCAAAACGGCAAAGGAUCGAAGUCAAUGCCAAGACUAGAAGUUGGUGCAAAUCUUGAAGAUGAAGUCGAUGAUAAUUGUUUUGAAUCCAGCCCUGAUAACUCCAUAUACAGUCAUUAUGGUGAAUAUGCUGAAGCAGCUGACAACCUAAAUCUUGAGGCUGGCGCUGAUUCAUCAUCAGACAUUGAUAGUUUAAAUGAAGCUAACAGUGAUAGCCUUGGAGAUGAUGGAAUUUCAUUUGAUGAACUAUCCUCAGAUGCUGAUGCAUCUGAUUCAACAGAAGAGGAUGAUCCAGAAGAUUCUUCAGAUGACCAAGAUGAGUUAGGUACAUUUGUGGUUGAUGACUCGUUGAAUGAAAAGUUAUGUGUUGGGGUAGACACAACACGAGCAGAAGUCUUACUCAUGGUAAUGACCUUUGUAAUGAGGCACUGUCUUUCCUCGGUUGCUCUGGUAGACUUGCUAAAACUCAUCAAUGAAAUUUUUGGAAAGGCUGUUUUGCUCUCCUCGAAGUUUCUCUUUGACAAAGUGUUUCAAAGUAAAAGCCUGAACUUCAAAUUUCAUUUCUAUUGCACACACUGUUUUAGCUUUGUUAGUACAUAUGAUGAUGGCAUGGAUAACAGAUUACACAAUGAAAGAAUGCCAUGUCCUGAAUGCCGCAGAGAUUGUACUGUGAAAAAGUUAUCAGAUAACAAUUUUUUCAUAACAUCAGGAUUAAAGUCUCAGGUUAAAACUUUGUUUGAAACACCAGGAAUUUCUCAACACCUUUCAUACAAGACUAAUAGAAAUAAACAGGAGAUAGAUAAUAUGGAAGAUAUAUAUGAUGGAGAAAUAUACCAAAGGCUUUGUGAACCAGGACAACCUCUGCACAAUGUCAAUAACUUCUCUUACUCUUUUAAUUCAGAUGGGGUUCCUAUUUUUAAAUCUUCAAAGUAUUCAUUGUGGCCAAUAUACAUUAUGAUAAAUGAAUUACCUCCAAAACUUAGAAUGAAUAAUUUACUAUUGGCAGGUGUAUGGCUUGGCAAAUCAGAGCCACAAAUGAACACUUUCUUGCAUAUAUUUCUAAAAGAAGCACUUCUAUUAGAAACAGACGGAAUUUUUUGGAAUAAAGAAGGGGAACAAGUCCACAGUAAACUAUAUGGCAUCUGCUGUAGUGUAGAUGCGCCAGCCCGUGCUGCCAUGUCAAAUACAAUGCAAUAUAAUGCUUAUAUGGGCUGUGGCAUUUGUUAUCAUCCGGGCAAGGCAGUAGAACGUGUUAUAAAGUACCCUGUUGAUGUAGGUCAUUAUGAAGAUAGGGAAGAUCAUGAAGUCUUACAAGAUAUGAUAGAAGCUGUUGGUGAAGGGCAUAUUGUGAGAGGUGUGAAAGGUCCUUCUCCCUUGAUAAAUAUGCCACAUUUUUCCAUAGUUUGGGGGUUCCCACCUGACUUCAUGCAUUGUGUUCUACUUGGUGUAUCUAAGCAGCUGGCCUGUUUAUGGUUUGAGUCACAAGCUGACAGUCCAUAUUAUAUUGGUUCCCCUAACAUUGUAUCAAGACUAGAUAGACUUCUAAAACAAAUUAAAACUCCAAUGUUUGUAGCACGAAAACCAAGACCAAUAUCUGAAAGGAAAUAUUGGAAGGCAAGUGAGUGGUGUAACUGGCUUUUAUUCUUUUUAUUGCCUUGUCUUCUGGGAAUUCUUCCUAAUGUUUAUUUAACCCAUGUUUGCCUCCUUGUAAAAGGUGUUCACGUUCUGUUAAGAAAGUCAGUAAGCAAAGAAGAAGUAAAUGUGGCCGACAAUCUAUUAUUCCAAUUUGUUAGUAGAAUGCAGCUACUGUAUGAAUCCAGUGCAAUGACUUUUAAUGUCCACUCAUUGACACACCUAGCAACAAGUGUUAAAAUGUGGGGCCCUUUAUGGAGUCACUCUUGUUUUCCAUUUGAAUCUGCUAAUGGAAAAAUCAAAACUCUUCUAAAGGGGAACAGGGGCAUAAUGCAACAAGCUAUGUACAAGUUUUUGUUAAUUAGAACACUGCCAACAUUUCCCAAAGUAUAUAUGGUGUCAAAUAGAAUUAAAGUGUUUUGUGACAAUACUUACUACCCAAGAAAAUGUCAUCCUUCAGAAAUAAUAGGUCAGGUACAGCUUUAUGGGUCAGGUAACAUUACACAUUUGUCAGAUAUGGAACAGGAAGCAUUGAGGGCUAAUGGGUAUCUUGUAGGCAAUGAAGUCCUUGUUUACAAACGUUUGAAUAAAGGUGGUCUCUUCUAUCAUACAGUGGAGUAUAAGAGAGCUGUCAAAGUGAACAGUAGAGUAUUUUAUUUGUCAGAUGGAACUGUUGGAGAACUGCAGAAGAUCAUAUAUUAUGAAAGGGAACAGUGCAUUAUUCUUUUUAAGGCAUUGACACUUCUCAGUGUAAAUGAAUUUAAGGAUCGACAGUCUGGUGCAAACGUUUCACACAUAAAAUUGUGCUCAUACACUGGCCAAGAUAUUAAUGUAGUUUCAGCUUUCGAACUUGCAGGAAGUUGUUUGUCUUUCAAUGUUGGACGCAAGGCUUACGUAUGUUUUCCCCCAAACCAUGUUGCAUUGUGUUAAUUGUCUGUUAAUGUUAUAAAUGUAUUUUUAUAAUUUAAAGACAAUAUUUCUAGUUACGAUUUUGUUGCUACAGUAUAUGAGGCAUAUCGUGGUGAAAUGGUUAAGUCACGCACAGGCCAGUAUUUGAAUGAUCUAUAAAAUAUGGGAGCCCAAAAAAUUGCCUAAAAAUCCAUAUUAUUUUUUUCACUAUAUAUCAACAGUUUAAUGUCUUAUUCAUCAUGUCCCAAAGUAUUAGUUCUGGAAGUGGUCAACAAAUCAUUUAUUUAAUGUUAUUUAGAUAGUUAAUUCAAUUAAACAAUGGAUGCAUAAAUAGUUUUGGAAGGCAAUGACUCAAAAUCAUAUUUAUCUUGUCUCUAAGAGUGCUGUACUUUCAUUUUCCAAUAACUUAUGCUUGAAAUGUCCAAUUUCAAUGAAUGACCCCUCAAGAUUACAUACUCAGGUAUCUGAAAAUACCAA